AAGAAAACGCAGUGACCAGGGCCUCUGUCCUCUCAACGCGUGCACAACAAGACACCCCUGCCUGUGACCUGCAAAAGGUUCGUCAUUCCGCCCUGUACACACAGUACGGUGCCUGCUUGUCUGCCUGUCGGUUGUGUAUUUGUACCGGCCAACCGUGCUGCCUCUGAUUUUCAUGGCACAAGGUUCCAGCCCGGAAAAACCAUAACACGAAACACGAUCAACCAGAGGUUAUUCUAAAACGCUCAAUCUAUUUUUUCUCUCUACACUCGCCAAAAUACGCAUAUUCUCCUCGCUCAAAUGCCCCGGAAUCGACUUCAGAAACAAUUCCCCAUCCUCGCCGACAAAGCCCAAGUCUCUGUAACCACUCGUCCUCAAUUGCUAGAUGAUUCCUUCCUGACGCCGUUAACUCCCGUCUCGACCGCUUUCAUCAACAGCAUGCAAGCACAUUCACCACAAUCGACACCCAAAGUCGCUCUAGGACGCACAGCUACUAUCCGCAGCGUACGUAGCUUCGAUGCUUCUGACUCCAGCCCAGACAGCAAACAGAGCAGCGGCACCAUUGCCAGCACAAACAGCAGCACAAGCAUCGGCUCCGUCGGGCCCGCCACACACAAUAUCGACAGAACAGACUCUCCUACAAAAUCGAAAAGCGACACCAUGCCGGACGGCCCGAAUCGCUGGAGCGCUAGCUCCAUCCGCGUGAUAGAACCCCAAGGAGACAGCAAUGUUCUCACUGAGGCCGCCGACGCCGACGGCAACCAGUGGGAUUCUACGAUUGGCAAAGCAGGCCUGGGCAAGACCGGCCGAGUAAUCAACCGAUUGGUUAGCGAGAACGAUGCGCUCAAGCGCGAGAUUCAAAUAGAACGCCUGCGUGCCGAGGAAGCAAAGCAGGCUGCCAAGUUGAUCGAAGACAAAAUGGAGCGCAUGAUGAACGAAUACGAAGGCAAGCUCCUCGAAGCCAACGUCACAAAAACAUUAUUAGGCAGAAAAGAGCGUCAAGUAGACAGCUUGACGGCUGCUUUGGACGCAGAAAAGAAGAAGUCCCAGGCUGCGCUAGAAUCCGAACGAACUUGGCUCGACGAAUUAAAUCGCGUUAAAAAGGAUUCCAAGAUCCAGGUUGACAAAGCAACAACACAAGCUACGUUAAUGGAGGGCCGCUACAACGCUAUAUCAUCACACUGGCGCGACCAAGGCGACCAAGUUAAGCGGGCUAUGACAAAGAUGCGAGGAGAAAUCGCAAAGAUCACCGAGGAACGCAGUGGCGACGACGACAAAAUUCGGACACUUCGCGACUUGUGUGAGCAGCAGGAUUCUAAUAUAAAGGAACUUCGACGGGAAAAGGACGAAAUUUCUCGACUCUUCUCCGAAUAUAAAGAAACCCAAGAAAAGGAGCUUCAUCAUAUCAAGACAAAUGGCCGCGAGACGGAAGCUGAACAGACUAGACUUCUUGCCGACGCCAAAGAAACGCUUGAUAAGCUGCGGUGGGCACUCAACGUAAAGAACAAUGUUGCAGGAGCCCAAUAACACUAUAUAUACCAUUCGACCUCACCUUCCAACUCUCGAUAUCCCCGACACCCGAUGCACAAAACCUCAGAAACUUCGUACAUAUUGACACAUCAAGUGUCUAAAUCAUGACGCUACGCUCAUUUAUACCAAAACACAAUUUAUCCCCUUCUUCAUUUCUUUUUUAUGGAUACAACAGAUGGAGUCAACCAUCACCAAGACUGCAAAUAUCGAUUUUCUAGCGUCUGAUACGGCCUUUUGAUAACAAGGAUGGAAUUUGGAAUAUACAACGGAAACAUGCAUAAAAGAGUUGACAAUUAGCGUGCUGCAGCAGUAACGCGAUGCUGUGUUUUUAUAUUGGCAUCGAAAUGCACAAGAGGAGGAAAAGAAGCACUCAGGGAACGAAUAGGACUGCUAGAUUGAUAGUCUUGUACGAGCUGCUAAUGCAUGCUUGUACUUCGUACUAUACAAAUGAAACGGCCUUUGUAGAAAAUAAAGAACCUUGAUUGCCAUCUCUAUAAACGCGUAACGGAGCACUAC